AUGCGACCGCAACGCGAAUACCAUAUCGUCGUUUUAGGCGCUGCUCAAUUUGUCCAGAAUGUCUGGAUUGAGAGUUACGACCCGACGAUCGAAGAUUCGUAUCGGAAGCAGAUCGAGGUAGAUGGCCGACAAUGCAUCUUAGAAAUCCUUGACACAGCGGGAACAGAACAAUUCAGCCAGGGAUUCCUCCUCGUCUUUUCUAUCACUAGCAUGUCCUCGUUGAACGAAUUGUCCGAACUGCGGGAACAAAUCAUCCGCAUCAAAGACGACGAGAAAGUCCCCAUCGUCAUCGUGGGGAACAAAUCGGACCUCGAAGAGGACCGUGCCGUGCCGCGUGCCCGCGCAUUCGCCCUCUCCCAGAGCUGGGGCAACGCCCCUUACUACGAGACCUCGGCUCGUCGACGAGCCAAUGUGAACGAGGUCUUCAUCGAUCUCUGCCGCCAGAUCAUCCGAAAGGACACGCAAGGCAGCUCGAAAGCCCCGGAGGCCCAACCCCGCCUCGACAGAAAGAAAGAGAAGCGGCGACAGGCCCGGCGAAAGGGGCCGUGUGUGAUCCUAUAG